UCACGUUAGUUCAGGGGACACAUGGCCUGGGUGUAAAACUGCCAACAGGAUGGCAGAUGGUGCCUGUGACAACAUCAGCAACUCCUGCAGCUAAGGAUUCAGCUAUAGCUCAAGCACUUGCAAGAAAUGCCUCCCCCAAGUCUGUGCCUUCACUGAAGACAAGAGUGCAGUCAGAACAGCCCCAGCAGAUGCAGUCCAAGUUGGAUCAAGAAGCUCAGAAGAAGAAGUUCAAGAAGCAAACUCUACCAGAGGAAGAUGAAAGUGGUAACUGGGUGCCGCUGGAUGAGUAUUACUAUGGGAAGAUGGAAGGUGACCCCACGUAUCAGGAAGCUAAAGGAGAACACAGAUUUAAAUGCUGGUACUGUAACAAGAUGCUGUACAACAACGUAGCAGCCAUGAUGCACAUCCAGGGUCAUAUAGACUCAGAGCGACAAGUCAACCUUGACCUCAGUGACCUGACACAGUGCAAACAUUGCUACAAGCAGUUUGAUACCCCAUUUGAAAUGCAGACACACAUAGAAAAGGUUCACAUGAACAAUGCCAAUGUCCUUCUGUGUCGCAUUUGUGAGAGGAAUCAUGACAGCCGGCAGGCUUUAAAGGAGCACAUGAGGAAGAGCCACAAUGCCUGCGAGAUGCCUUAUAUAUGUCAGCUGUGUAAAUUCAGGUCCUCCAUGUACAGCGAUGUUGUCGAUCACUUCAAAAAGAAACACAAUGGCUCUGAUGCAGUGCUGUGUAUGUAUUGUCUGAGAGUGUUCCACAUCAGAUUUGUCAACCAGGGCUGGGGUCAGACAAAUGUUUUCUACAACCAUCUCAUGAAGCAUCAGGUGAAAAACUCAUGCAAGAAAUGUCAGCAGUGUAGACUGGUGUUCCUGAAUCUUGGGGAUGUGAAGAUGCAUAGGAAACUAGACCAUUUGCCGAACCAGAAAGGUGUUAUAGGCAUGAAUGCUAAAUAUACUACCCCUGACCAAGUCAUGAUCAAAGUGACAGAGAAGACAGACUUGUCGCUGGCAGUAGGAGGUGUCAAAUCACUGAAUGUGCCAGCAGUCAAGAAAAUCAUGGAGCAUCGUCUGAGCUUCCCUCCCAUUGUUUCCACUAUGACAUGCAUUGAGUGUCAGACAUUAAUGGGUAUUCCAGAUCAUUAUAGGAAAUUCAUCCAGUGCUCCAUGUGCAGAUUUGCUACAAGCUGCUCAUUUGCAUACUCCAAUCACAUGAUGGGAUUUCAUUCAGGCCAGAUGACGGCUGCUGCAUCGCAUACACCUGACGAGUCCAAACUGGAGGCCAAGCUCUAUUGUUCCUGUGGUUUUGUCAGCAAUUAUGGGAACCGAAUUGACAUCACUGUUUUUGUUUCCUUCCCCUCAUCUUUAGGACAGGAGCUCCAAGACCCACGGAAAAAGCCAGAUGCCUCUUUACUGGACGUUCUAGGGUUGAUUAAGAAAGAUUCCCUGACACCGUUAAAUUCAAGGACCCCUCAUCUGGACUCUCCGCCAUCAGAGCCUGUUGAAAUGCCUGAUGUGUCACUAUCAUCCAAACUAGGAAAAAAGCCAUUGCUGCUCCGAGAUUCUUUAAAGAAAGCUUUCAAGAGCAUGUUUAAAGUAA